CUCCAGAACUGCUUCCGGCUUAUCGCCCUCGGGGCCAUCAACCCACCUCCAUUGCACUGCUCCCAACCCCGUCACUCGCUCGCUUUGCUUCACUAUCGCGCCCGCAAUCCUUCUUUUCGCCAAUAGAUUUCUCUAAAUUAUACACUUGCUGAAAUGCGCGUUCCAGUCCAGUACAGCCAGCAGGCCAACGCCGCGAUGGCCGCCGCCGAAGACAUCUCGAGACUCUCGUUGAGGUCGGCUGAGCCCCAGCUGCCCGCACCCGCCGUGUCCUCGACCACUCCGUCCUCAACCGCCCCGCAGCCUACGCCGUUCUUUUCGACCUCGUCAAAGGAGGCCGCGAACGAUACGAGCAGCAAGUUCUCAGAAAAGCCCUCGAACUACACGUUCCCUCGCAGCGAGCGCGUUCGCCGCGAUGCCAGCACCAAGGCUAUCGAUCCGCUGACCGAGAGCUUCAUCGAGUUCAUGUACGAGAACCCGACCACGUACCAUGCGUGCGAGGGCUUUGCUGACAUGCUCUGCCACGCCGGAUUUACCUACCUCUCUGAACGUGUUUCGUGGGACGACAAGAUCACAAAGGGUGGGAAGUACUUCACAACCCGAAACGGCUCGUCGCUUGUCGCGUUCGUUAUCGGUCAGCAUUACGUUGGUGGAAACGGUGCCGGUAUGGUCGCUUGCCAUAUCGAUGCUCUUUGCGCAAAGGUCAAGCCUAUUUCGAAGAAGCCGGCCGUUGAGGGAUACACCCAGAUUGGUGCCGCCCCUUAUGCUGGUGCUAUGUCGUCGACCUGGUGGGAUCGUGAUCUUGGUCUUGCUGGACGUGUGGUCGUCAAGAACCCGACUGGCGUUAUUCAGACCAAGCUCUUUACGAUUCCCUACCCCGUCGCCCGCAUCCCGACACUUGCCCCCCAUUUCGGUGCGGCCGCCAACCCUCCCUUCAACGCCGAAUACAACACCACACCAAUUAUCGGUCUCGAGCCCGAUGAUCCGGCUGAGAACGAGCUGAGACCGGAUGAAGUCGGCGCUCCGCUAGCUGGACGUCAUAAUAUUCGCUUGCUGCGGCUUGUUGCGAAAGAGCUGGGUGUGCCGGUCUCGAGCAUGCUCAACUUUGACCUCGAGCUGUUUGACACUCAGCGUGGAACCGUCGGCGGUCUUGACAAAGAGUUUUUGUUCUGCCCGCGUAUCGACGACAAGAUCUGCGCCUAUGCGGCCAUCACUGGUCUUCUAGAGUCCUGCGAGGAGCAUGCCAUCAGCGGCUCGACCAUCAACGUUCUCGCCCUCUUCGACGACGAGGAGAUUGGCAGUCUUCUGCGUCAGGGAGCAAGAGGUGGACUUCUCGAGAGCUCGCUGCUCCGGGUUGUCGAGUCAGUUGGCGACGGCGCGACAAUGGCGCAGACUUACGCCAACUCGUUCCUCGUCUCGGCCGACGUUAUCCAUGCGUUCAACCCCAACUUCUCGAACGCGUACAUGCAGUACCACACUCCUUCGCUCAACGUCGGAGUCACAGUCUCGUGUGAUCCAAACGGACACAUGACCACCGAUGCCGAGAGCACGGCUUUCAUGGAAGAGGUUGCUCGCCGGACCAACAACACACUGCAGUACUUCCAGAUCCGCAACGAUUCGCGAUCGGGCGGUACUGUCGGUCCCAUGCUUUCGUCGUCGAUGGGAUGCCGUAGUAUUGAUAUGGGAAUCCCGCAGCUUGCCAUGCACUCGAUCCGUGCGUGUACCGGCUCCCGCGACGUCUCGCUCGGUGCUAAGCUCUUCCAGGCGUUCUACGAGGAGUGGGAGGAUGUCGAUUAUCAGUUCCGCUCUGGCGAGAAAAUGUAAUUAGUUGUUUUGUAGUAGCCUCUGGUUAGCCUUUUGUUUAGUCUUUUGUUUACAAUCUGUUGUUAUUUGUGCGAAUACAAUUAUCUGGUGUGUUAUUUCAUGCUUCU